GCGUGGUCGGGGCGGUGGGCGACGCGCGCGGGGCCGCGGGAGACCAUCUACUUCGAUCCCUCCGAGGUCAAAGGCGCGUUCUCCGCGAUCGUGACGUGCGGCGGGCUGUGCCCCGGUCUGAACGACGUCGUUCGGCAGCUCGUGUUCACGCUCGAGGAGUACGGCGUGGAGGACAUCAAGGGCGUUCGGUACGGGUUCCGAGGGUUCACGGAGCAGAAGGGCGAGCUCGAGCGGCCGAUGAAGGCGCGUUCUAUCUCACACUGUCGGAUGGUCGAGACGAUCCACCUCGACGGCGGGAGCAUCCUCGGGAGCUCGCGCGGCGGGUCCGUGACGUCCGAGAUCGUCGACGGCAUCGCGGAGAUGGGCCUGGACUUUCUGUUCGUCAUCGGCGGCAACGGCAGCCACGCCGGCGCGCUCGCGAUCGAUAACCUGUGCAAAGAACGCGGCGUGUGUUGCGCCGUGAUGGGCACGAUCGACAACGACAUCCUCCUCCUCGACCGAACGUUCGGGUUCAACACCGCGGUGGACGAGGCGAUCAAGGCGAUCCGCUCCGCCGCGAUCGAAGCGCGAUCCGCGAUGAACUGCAUCGGUCUCGUGCGUCUCAUGGGUCGAUCGAGCGGCUUCAUCGCGAUGAACGCGAGCCUGGCGUCGGGCGAGGUUGACGUGUGCCUCAUCCCGGAGAUUAACACGCCGCUGGAGGGACCCGGCGGCGUCCUCGCGCACAUCAGGCGCGUGCUGAACAGGAAACAGCACUGCGUCGUCGUCGUCGCGGAGGGCGCGGGGCAGGACAUACUGGGGAAGAUUGGCGAGACGGACGCGAGCGGGAAUCCGGUGCUGCAGAACUUUGCGAAAUUUCUUCAAAACGAAAUCAACGCGGACAUGAAGGCGGAUCUCAGCGUGGACGUCAAGUACAUCGACCCGACGUACAUGGUCCGCGCGUGUCCCACGAACGCGUCGGACGCGAUAUACUGUUCCAUCUUGGGGCAAAACGCGGUCCACGCCGCGUUCGCGGGGUACAGCGGCGCGACCGUGGGGUUGUGUAACGGGCACUACGUCUAUCUCCCGAUUCCUCCGGUGAUCAAGUCGGCGCGCGAGGUGGACCCGGACGGGAGGAUGUGGGAGCGCCUCAAGCUGGCGAUCAAUCAGCCAGUUUUCUCGGGCGAGGGCGCCACCGAGGGGGACGGCGCGAAGAAGGCGAGCAAGGCGAGGUGA